AUGCGCGCCGGAGGGAGCAGUGCAGGCAUCUUUUACACCAGCACGGAGGCGGCAAAAGCGUCUCAGGGGAAGCUGCAACCGAUCCCUGCGUUUGAGCUCUACAAGAGUGCGCGGGAGGAGGAACUGCUCUGCUAUCGCAGCGUAUGCCGCGUGUUGUGCAUGCGAAGCGCUGGAUCCUUGACGAAGCAGCAAACGCGUGUUCUAGAAGACUUGCGGGAGGAGCUCUGUAUCCCCUCCCAGCGGGCUGAGGCCGAGGUACUGGCGGCACUGGAGGAUGUGUUGGUCUCGAGCGUUGCUGCUUCGGGCGUAUUAAAGCGGCGUGCGGACUUCUUCGACGGAGUGUCGGAUGUACCUCUCGAGGCCCUUCAAGAGGGUGAGCGAGCGCAGGACGAUCACGCCUCGCUGUACGCCUCGACCGUAAAAGUGCCACGAACAGAAAAUAUGACGGUUGUUGCCGCAACGACAACGGCAACGAACUCUUGGCGCCGUGGAUCAGUGGCGAAAACCCAGCAUGCCUCGCUUCUUAAAGCUAUAGAUAAAAUUGGCCAUGAGGUGGCUACAAUAAGCGCUAAGUUUCUUUCUGCGGUUUCUAUGGCUGAUCAAGAGGCCUUCCGGCGGGAGUUGUAUACAAGGCGAGAGCGCCUGGUGCUGCUGUUGAAGGAAGCCGAGGGUCCUGUGGGCGAUGUGUCUGGAAGCUCCAGCGCAGUUCCCUCGGAGCAUGGCUUCUGA